UUUUCUGAGUGAUCAGGAAACCGGUUCAUCACUGAUGCCUCUCUAAUAUCUCUUUCAGUCAAUACAGUAAUGAACUGGAGACUCUUGGUUUUAGGUACUGUGUGGUUAUUGGUUCUGGUUGAGGAUGCUUUCGUAAACGGGACGCGCAAUGCGAGAACAGUGACUUUCUUUCGGGCUCCCCGCGCUCACCGGAGACGCACUCGGGACACCUGGACGGGACAAUCGGGUUUCACAGUAUGCAAGUCAGCACUGUCUCCAAAAGACCGAGCGCUACUGCUCAGCCAUACACACGAGACGGGGUUUCAUGGUGAUGACGGAUCCAGUUUUACCCUCACAUGGGUUGGAGAUGGAACUGGGGUUAUUCUGGUCCUUUCCACACUCAGCGCACCAUCAGACUCAUUUUAUGAAGGUGGUUCCUCACGCCUUUACAGGAGUCAAGACUAUGGAAAGUCUUUCCAUGAUAUCUCCCAAGCCAUCAACAACACAUUUAUAAAGAAAGACUUUGGGAUAAGUGCAGGACCUGGGAACCCUCAACAGGUGAUUCUGACAGCCAACCUCCCUUUUACUGAGACAACAGGAGGUCUCAUUUUUACCUCAAUGGAUGCUGGUGUGACAUUCAGAUCAGUGCAGCUUCCAUUCCACCCAGCACAGGCCAUUCAGUUCCAUUACCAGGACCCAAAAUAUCUUGUGGUCAUCGGCAUUGAUGAUGAGCUAUGGCUGUCACAAGACUUUGGGAACAGUUGGUCUCAUGUUCAUGAAGGAGUUCACACAUUCACAUGGGGAUCUGGAAUCACUCUCUUUUUCAGUUCCAGCCCAAAAGGAACAGUCGAGGCAGCCAGACGUGGCGAGCUCAUUCUGCGGCGGACACAGGAUUUAGGCAAAACGUUCACUACCAUCUCCAAAAACAUCUUCUCCUUCGGAUACAUCGGCGGGUUCCUGUUUACCUCUGUCAUGGAAAAACUGGGUUCUCCUCGUGUUAUCUACGUGUCCUUAGACCAGGGUGACAAUUUUAAUAAAGCACAGCUGCCCUCAGCCACCACAGAACAGUUCUACUCAGUUUUGGAUGGCGAUGAGGAUAUGAUCUUCAUGCAUGUGGACAACCCUGGAGAAGACACGUAUUUUGGGACUAUCUACACAUCUGAUGAUCGUGGCAUCCUGUACUCCAAGUCUCUGGAGCGCCAUCUGUUUGGUGGGGAGGGGAAGAGUGAUUUCACUAAUGUGACAUCUCUGAGAGGGGUCUAUCUUACCAACAUACUGGAGGAGGAUGGACGUAUUCGUUCAGUCAUUUCAUUUGACAGAGGUGGACAGUGGAGAUUUCUGAAGAAGCCAGAGAAUGUGGAUUGUCCAGAGAUAUCAAAGAAGUGUAACCUGCACAUCCACGGAGAGCACAGUCAUUUCAGUGGAAUCACUCCCAUGCUGCCUCUCUCAGAGCCUACUGCUACUGGACUGGUCAUCGCUCAUGGAGGUGUUGGGGACUCCAUUUCAGCCACCCGUCCGGACGUGUACGUGUCUGGGGACGGAGGAUAUACCUGGUGGGGGACACUGAGAGGACCACACCAUUACAGCAUACUGGACUCUGGAGGCCUGAUAGUGGCUGUGGAGGCCCAUAGAGACAGACAGAUCAGCUCUAUGAAGUUUUCCACAGAUGAGGGCCAGUGUUGGAACAUAUUUAAUUUCACAGAUCACCCAAUCUUCUUGGCAGGCCUAGCAUCAGAGCCUGGCACUAAAACAAUGAAUAUCAGUAUUUUUGGUUACCGUCCAGAUGAUGACGAUCAGCCCAUGUGGGUGGCAGUCACCAUAGACUUUGAGCAUUUGCUAACCAGAGAGUGUGGUGAACAAGACUACGUAAAGUGGUUGGCUCACUCUGAAUAUGGAAGUGAAUCAGAAAUGGAUGGAUGUGUCCUGGGCUACAAGGAGACAUUUAGAAGACUGAAGAAACUGUCAGCCUGUAGAAAUGGGAGAGGAUAUGUGGUCAGCAGACAGCAGAGCCCUUGUCCUUGCACCAAAGAGGACUAUAUGUGUGACGUUGGUUUCUAUCGACAUGAAAACACCUCAGAGUGUCUGCCACAGUCUGACUUCCUGAAUCACACCCUGGAAAUGUGCUUAAAUGGGGAGCUAGAGGAUCUUCGGACAACAGGGUAUCGUAAGAUUCCCGCCGAUAAAUGUGAGGGUGGUUUCAGUCCUUCAAGGAGAGAAGGUGCUGGCAAAAAGCAUUGCGAGGACCUCAGUCCAUCUCCUUCCUCAAGUCUGCCGAGAUCAAAGGGCAUACUGGCUCUUAUUUUAGUGUGUACUUGUGUGGGGAUCAUAGGUUUGGUAAUAGCAGCAGGAUUAAUCAUCACUUCAAGGAAAAUAAACUGUAGGCAAAGGUUACCCGAGUAUUGGUUCUCUGCGCUGCAACUCCAAGAAAAUGAUCUGUGUGUUACCAAUGAAAGCAGCCCCAGUAGUAAACUGCACAGUUUCCAGAACCAGGACGACUCAGAUGAUGUGAGUCUGCUGCAUCAAACAAUAUCCUCAAACAAUAUUCUUUAACUUUUUUGCAUUAUUUUGCAUAGGAACAGGGCACAUACCUAUAAGAUUCUCCUGGGAACUAGGUAGUCAACAUUGUGAAAUUAGUUCAAUAUUGUACCAUACAAGACUAAAAUGUUAAUAUCCCAUAUUUUGCUAAUUUGACAUUGACUGACCGCUAUGUAUGAGCUUUGUUUAUAAUAAAACAUACAUGGCCUAUGUUCAGGCUAAAUGUUUGUAUCCCAUAGACUAAUUUACGUUUAGAUAGAAGGCAAAUUAUACAUUGGUCAGUUCUGGCAGAAUUAAUUACUUUUUUGUCAUCAUUUUCAGCUUAAUGUUCUUAUGAAUAAUUUUUUUUUUUUUUUUUUUUUUGUGGAACUUGUAUCUGUCUUUAAAGGAAUACUUCACCCAAAAAUGAAAAUUCUCUCAUCCUUUACUUACCCUCAUUGAGAAUUUAUAGUGUAAAAGGACUUAAAUAUUGAUCUGUUUCUCACCUACACCUAUCAUAUCACUUCUGAAGACAUGGAUUAAACCACUGGAGUUUUAUGGAUUACUUUUAUGCUGCCUUUAUGUGCUGUUUGGAGCUUAAAAAUUUAGGUAUCCAUUCACUUGCAUUGUGAGGACCUACAGAGCUGAAAUAUUCUUCUAUAAAUCUUUGUGUGUGUUCAGGAGAAGAAAGAAAGUCAUGCACAUCUGAGAAGGUAUGAGGGAGAGUAAAUGAUGAGAGAAUUUUCAUUUUGGGGUGAACUAACCCUUUUUUAAUGACUGAUAUCGGUGCAGUCCUAUUAUUUGCAUCAUUUAUAUGCAUGUACACUAAGACUAACUUGCUGACCGUUUCUGUCUCUUGUUUAGGAUCUUAUUGAAUGAGCAAUAUUUAAAAUAUGGAAACACUUCAGGCUUUGCAGACAGGUGUGAAUUGUUUCUGAUAGAUCUUGAACUGGAAUAGUUUCAGUGCUCUGGGCUAAGACAGUGUAGACAGUAAUCACCCAGAAAUAACUGCAUCUUUUAAAUCGGAGCUAAGUGAUUUAUUGCUACAACUGGGUUCUUGUGUUAUUCUAUGAAAUGUCAUAUGCAGGGAUCUGUACAAGUAUAAGUGAUACUACUUUCACCCACUGUCUUUUGCACUGGAGUUUUUUAUAUCCCAUCAAGCUUGGCUGGCUGAAACUCUGCCAUAGUUUUACUGUGUGAUUUCAAAUAAAGA